AAACAAAUUAUAAAUUCGAAUAAAAGCCCACCAACCAAGGGGAACCCAUUUGAAGAAACGCAGACAUGGGAGAAGAGAAAGUGAAAGAAGAAGCUUUGCAAAUAAUUGGAAUGUUUCAAGUUCUCCCUCGUUUGGUCGUCUUCGAUCUUGAUUACACUCUCUGGCCUUUCUACUGUGAAUGCCGCUCAAAGCGUGAAAUGCCAUCUUUGUAUCCCCACGCUAGAGGCAUAUUACAUGCCCUAAAGGACAAGGGAAUUGAUAUGGCUGUUGCUUCUAGAUCACCAACUUCUGACAUUGCAAGCACAUUUCUUGACAAAUUGAGCAUCAAGUCUAUGUUUGUAACCAAGGAAAUUUUUUCCAGCUGGACACAUAAGACAGACCACUUCCGGAGAAUUCAUAGUAGGACUGGAGUGCCUUUUAACUCAAUGCUUUUUUUUGAUGAUGAGGAUAGGAAUAUCCAAGGGGUUUCUAAAAUGGGAGUAACAAGCAUUUUGGUGAAUAAUGGGGUUAAUCUUGGAGCUUUGAGGCAAGGUCUUACAAAGUUUUCUCAAAAUUGGAAUACAUCUGAGAAGAAUAAGCAGAGAUGGCAAACAAAGUUCUCAAAAAAGUGAACCUCCUCCAUGAAUGAGGAAGAAUGAAAUGGUUACCAGGGCUACUCUGGAUUAUUUUCCAGUUAUUUUACUUAUAAUUUAAGGCUACAUAUGGUGAAUCAGGAAUGUGUAAACAAACUCAGAUUGUUGUUGGGACAAAUUAUAGUGUAGAUUCAUCUGCACUAUAAUCAGGAAUGUGUAAAUACAUAUUUAUAAUAAUUUUUAACUAAAGAUAAAAUAACAACUAAUUAUAUAAUAAUA